CGCCAGUUUACCACAGUAACUGAGAGAUUCAUCCAAUCAGAUUUCCCGUCGUGCCGACACCUGCAGCAGGACGGUUACAUCACAGACAGACACUGCAGAGUUUACCUCCAGUUUUCACUGGACCACGCCCACGUCCUCAGCCCCUCUGUUGCCAUGGUUACACAUAGACAGAGGGAGGAGCCAGGAGGUGAUGAUCAUAAAGAGGAGGAGGAGCCUCAAAGCCAGAGGAAGAAAGGAAAGACAGAAGAGGGACAGAGCGCCUCCCGGCCGUGUGUCUCCAUGGUGAUCAGGGUGGAGCAAAAAGAAGGUGUGUCCUGGAGGAACAGUGGGGCAGGUCUGAGGGAUAAGGAGGCGGGGCUGUCACUGUGCUUCUGUGUCAGAGCCGCUGUGAUUGGUCCAGUGGUGAUCUGGGAACAGGACCCGAAGAACGGAAGAAUGUUGGAUAGAGAGGCGGAGAGAGAGAAGAAGGACAAGGUGGCGCUGUGGUUUACUGGUGUGUCUGCAUGCUGGUUUCCUGUCCUCCAGCCCGGAUGUUUCUACAGGCUCGUAGCCGCCAACACACAGGAUCCCAGCGUUCUCAUUGGCUCUGGUGUUUGUAAGCAGAGCAGAGUCGAGUGCCAUGCUGACUCCACCCUUCAAGUCCACUCUGAUUGGAUGGGUUCCACACGCUGACACGCCCACUUUUGCUUCCCGCGUAUAAGCAGGCUCUCUCGCUCACAGUCAUGUCUGUAUCUGAGGUUCUGGACUGCAGCUCAGCAGACGUGGUGUGUUUUCAGGGUCUGAUCUCAGACAGAACCACUCUGACUGACCGGACUGGAACCAGCCCCGGUGUGCGCCUGACCUUGUGUGACCAAAGUGGGAGGAGUAUUCGGGUUUAUAUGGACUUAAGCCACACCCCCUGCCCACCUGGCCUGUUGCCUGGCAACACGGUGCUGCUGUCGUCUUUCCAGCGGAGACGAUCCAGGGCAGGGGGCGUGUACUGCAAGAUGUUACCGGUCAGUUCAUUGACUGUCGUCAAGGUGAUGGACGCCAGCUCCGCCCAGCCUCCUCCUCCUCCCAUGAUGCAGCUGGGCCGCUGGGCACUGAGCACAGAGGAGGGGUGCACUGUGGGUCGGGUCAAAGGUCAUGUGGUGUGUGUGUUCUCCCUGCAGCUGCAGUGGAAAUGCUCGCUCUGCAGCGCUAUCUACACACAGUCUUGUUCCAGUUCUCGAUGCCCUUCGACCUCGGCAGUGUUUCAGUCUGAAGCUAAGCUGCUGCUAGACGACGGCACCGGUGAGGCCCACGUUUGGUUUUCCAGCCUGCUGAUUCGCCCUCUGCUGGGUUUGGACGAAAGUCAGUGGGAGGGGCUGCAGAGAGCGCUGAGGGUCAGAGGUCACAUCCGUAUCUACAUGAAGGGGCGGAGCCUGAUGUGCGACUCACCAUGUGGGGGCGCUCUCCUGCAGUAUCUGCGGUGUGUCUGCAGCAGUGAUCUUGUGUGUCGCUCGCUGUCGCUCACCUGCCGGAAACGUAGCGAGCGGCGCUCAGGGGAGGUGAAGCGGUUCAGUCGAGCCAACACGGACUUCUUGACCAAGUUGAACGCUCGUCUUGAGCUCGUUUGUCUCCACGUCCACUGAUGCUUGUCACUUUGAAUUAGUAAGGUUUUUAUUUUUCAGGACAAACAGCUUUUAUUUAUUUUACAUUCUGAAUGUACAUAAAUGUAAAGACAUUCAAAGAUCUGUUAUUAAAUCUUUAUGAUUUUUUUUCAUGUUUUUUUUAAACCAGCUAACAUGCUAGUUAGCAUGUUUGGAUGAAGCUAACGUGUGUUUUCGUGCCGUUAACAUUCCAGCAUAAACAAAACACAAAUGUUUUCACUGUUGUUUUAAAUAUUAACAUGUUAGUGUUUUCGUCAUCGUAGCUAGCUUGUUAAGUCUCGCGCUCAGCCCUUGUGGACUUUGUCUUGUGCUCGUCCUGGGACACGGCGUGAUGAGGUAGUUAGCUCCAGUUACAGGAGAAAGGUGGAGCAGGAGCUGAAAGGAAACCAUGACAGGCCAUAACACAAAGACCAGAGACACGGGACAACGGAGAGGACGAACCAACUUAACUUCUUCAACCAGUUCAACCAGUCCAUGUACCCCCCUACCCCAUCCUCUCCUUCACUGCUGAUAUCCCUGCUCCUUCCCUCCAGACAUCACAGCAGCAGCCCCCUCCUCCUCCUCCUUCCCCACCUCAACACGACCUCCUCCAUACAUCACUGUGAACCAGGCCAGAGGACAGCUGAAGAAGCUUCAUCCCAGGAAAGUGACAGGCCCAGACAAAGUGUGUCCCCAUCUUCUGAACACCUCCGUGACUGAACUGGGAGAACCGUUACAACAUAUCUUCAACCUUAGCCUGCAGCUAGGAAGAGUGUCCACCCUCUGGAAGACUUCAUGCAUCAUUCCACUUCCUGAGAAGAAUCGGCCCAGCAAGCUAAAUAACCUCCGACCAGUGUCACUCACUUCACACCUGAUGAAGAUGUUGGAGCGACUCUUCCUCUGCUUCCUCAAACGCCAGGUGCAACAUGUCCAGGACUGUCUGCAGUUUGCAUAUUGGGCAGGUGUUGGUGUGAAGGAUUCCAUCCUCUACCUGCUACACCAAGUCCACUCGCACCUGGAUAAGGGAAAUGGCACAGUGAAGAUUCUCUUCCUGGACUUCUCUAGUGCCUUCAACACCAUCCAGCCCCUUGUGCUCCAGGACAAACUGAACAAGAUACAAGUGGACCCCUGCCUGGUCACUUGGUUCUAAGGAGAAGGUGGGUGAACAAAAAGACGGGCUGGUGUCCUCCCAGGAGCUGCAGCAUUCUGUCCUCCCAGGAGCUGCAGCAUUCUGUCCAUGAGCUUGGAGGGCUUGCUGUCCCCCAGCCUGUGCAGGGAGAAAGGCCUGCUGGCCCUUUCAGCAUCUAAAGCCUCAGUCCCACCGAAUAAUGAGCCAUGAAUAAUGAGCCACGCAUGGGUGUGUCAGCGAUGAUUUGAAGAAUGAGCCACAUUUUAAGCCGUCACGUAUCCGCUACUAAGGCGCCUUUAAGUACCUGACAUGUGCCAUGUAUCAGCCUCUAAUGAGCCACGACUGACCUGUCAUUUGAGCCCCAUCCAGCCUCGAGUGGCUCGUGUCACCACAUAUGAUCCAUGUAGCACCAUGUAACGU